GGAGGGAGACUGAUUUCAGUAGAGGCAGGCAGGCAGGCAGGCGCUCCUCUGGUCCUCUAGGUUAGCUGAGCUGGAUUUAACUUCAUAUUAAACUAUUUAUCUAACUAAAUCAUUAAAUUAAGUUUUCAGCUUGGAUCUAUUUUUCUUUAAAUCAUUUUGUCUCACGGUUUGCGCGGAUGAAGACAUCUUUUCUAACGUAAAUUGAAUGUAAUUUGCCUCAGCUGGACGGUUAACGCGCUGCGGAUUCGACCUUGGUUUUCCUUAUUUGCACUGUAUGGAAAUCUGCCGGGAAAAUAGAAAAUACUGAGAAAAACAACCGGACAGUUAAUAAAUCACGCUGCCGUAGAGCGGCCCGAGCACACACGCAUUUAUACAGGGAGCGAGACCGUGCUGGGCAGCUUGGCCGCGGCGGAGGGAUCCAGCGAGUAACGGCCGUUACAACGAAUUCAUCAGCAGGAUAUGCUAUGGUGGACAGAUUUGCUCACAGCCUUCUUUCUGUCAACACAGUAUGGAGCUCUUUGACCAGUGGCUGUGGAGACAGGAGUACUGGCUUCCUCCAGGCAUCACUUGGAGAGAAAUGGCCCAGAUGGAGGACUCACCGCUCCCCAGAGAUUUGCUCAUCUCCCUGCCGCUAGCUUUGGGAUUUAUUGCACUGCGCUGCGCUUUUGAGAGGACUGUGGCCGUUCCUCUAAGCAGACUCCUAGGAGUAAAAGACAGAAUACGCUUAUCAGCCUCACCUGCUCCAAGCCUUGAGGCCUUUUACACCAAACACCACAGACAUCCUGCACAGAGUGAGGUCAGCAGUUUGACGAAACAAAGUGGCCUAACCCAAAAGCAAGUGGAGGUCUGGUUCCGUCAUCGUAGAAACCAGGACAGGCCCAGUAACACAAAGAAGUUCUGCGAGGCAAGCUGGAGGUUUGUCUUCUACCUAAUAGCAUUCAUUGCUGGACUUGCAUCUCUUAUCAGUACACCUUGGUUUCAGGACCAGAAGGAGUGCUGGAGAGGAUAUCCUUUACAGCCAAUCGCAAAAGUGCACUACUGGUAUUACAUGAUAGAGCUGGGCUUCUAUUGGUCCCUACUGCUUUGUGUCUCUGUGGAUGUCAAGAGAAAAGAUUUCAAAGAACAGAUAAUUCACCACAUUGCGACUAUAUUCCUGCUUGGGUUCUCAUACUGUGCAAACUACGUCCGCAUCGGCACUCUCGUAUUACUUGUUCAUGACUCUUCUGACUUCCUGCUGGAGUCUGCGAAGAUGUUCAACUAUGCAGGCUGGAAAAAGACCUGUGACUCGCUGUUUGUGGUUUUUGCUGCAGUGUUUCUGGUGACGCGCCUGGUUGUGUUCCCCAGCAAGAUAAUCUACACUACGCUGAUCUUGUCAAUGGAGGUUUUUCAGCCUUUCAUGGGAUACUACUUUUUCAACGCUCUGCUGUUAGUGCUGCAAGCCCUGCACAUCUUCUGGGCCUGGCUCAUACUGCGCAUGGUCUACAAGUUCCUCUUCCUGGGAAAGCUGGACAAGGACGAACGCAGUGAUGAUGAAACUGAAGCAGAGGAGGAGGCCGAGGACGAAGGAGAAGAAGAGGAAGAGGACCAGACAUCCUGGAAGAAGAGAAAAGUUGUCCUGGAUUCUAAACUGGCUAUGAUGACCUCUAGCUGUGUUUUAAACAACUUGACCAGUCAGAGAGCUAGUGUGUGCAGCAGAAUGCCCAAAUCUAGAUAGGUUUAGUUUCACUAAAACCCUAAGAAAAGAGUGGGGUUACUGUUACUGCUAGAGCCAUAAUUACAAUCUACACAAUAAAGUGUUUUAGCUAAAGUUAGUUGCAUUUUAUGGUUGCAUGACAUGUUGCAGCCAAGUAACAUAAAACAGGUAUGGAUGACUUGCUAACAGAACAAUGUGAAACACACAUAAAUACACAUGCACUGGUGUCUGGACCAUUUUAAAUAUAAUUUAUUAACACCUAGACAGAAAAGAAUGCUAUUUGAGAGCCUUCAUGAAAAUGUUUCCUUUGUACAUAGUAUCCUUCUGCUGCUCUUGUGACUAUCUGUGUGUUUUAUUUUAAAUGUAUUAUAAAAAAAUAUAUAUGAACUGAA